GGGCCAAAGGCGGGUCCAGGCUGAGCAGGAGGAAGCACGCGGCCGAGCCCUCCGUGCAUUCGCAGCCCCCACCUGUGGGAUCAUCGCCCCCAUGGCGCAGGUGAGCGGGGAGGGGGAGCUCGGCCCAGAUAUCCCGGGGGUCCCUGGGCUGGGGUGGGUUUUUUUGGGGGGAUGUUUGGAGAAUGAAGAAGUGCGAGGCUGAGCGGAAAAGGCCCCUCGGGGGGACAUCGGGGGGUGGCGGUGGCGGCUGGCGGCAGAGGCAGCCUGGAGGAGCAGAGCCCUGUGUCCCCCAGGAGCCCAAAGCGGGGAGCCCAGAGAGGGGGGAGCGCCGCCAUGGGCGGGAGCCUGCAGAGGCUGGAGAGGGGCAGGGGGGACUCCUUGGAGCCCCUGCAGCCCGGAGCAGAGCAUGAGGGGAGAAGGGAGCCCAGAAGGGAGCCCGAAAAGCCCCGGCAGCCCUGAAUGGGCAGAGCGAAGAGGGGGCAGCUUUUGGCAUUGCUGGCACUGCCAGCAGCCUGGGGAGGGCGGGCACCGAGGACAAGGGGGACCCCAAUGCCAGCGUGACCCCAGCAGCUGGGCCAGGGGGAACCCCAACAGCAGAGGGGAGGGAGCAGGGACGGGGAAUUCCUGGGAGGCUUUUUAGGGCUGAAGCUCGGUGUUUGGGAGGUUUUUCUGGAGCCCAGAUCCCAGGUGACUUCUGGAGAUGGACUCGGGCAGAGGGACCUUCAAUCUCAAUGUGCUCAUCCCUUGUUCUCCCCAAACCAGGAUCUCCCAUUCCCAACCCCCGGGAGGCUGUGAGGAAGAGGGGGAUGUCCCUGGACAUGCAGGCGGAGCAGGAGCUGAGCAUGGAGAGCAGGGAGGACAAAUCCCCGCGGCAGAAGCUGGUGGCAGAGGCCGUUUUGAGCGGCUCCACGGCGCAGGAAGCCAACGGGGAGGAAAAGCCCCGGAGAUGCCGCACGAGGAGGGGCUGCAAACGCAGCUGGCGGGGAUCUGAGGGGGAAAGAGCCAGCCUGGGCCGGGAAGGCGGCCGCAGAUGGAGCCAGAGCUCGCAGCUGGUGGUCCGUGAGCAGCUCCGUGAUGGGGAGAAGCCCCACACGUGCGAGGAGUGUGGGAAGAGCUUCAGGAGGAGAUCCAGCCUGAUCAGGCACCAGAGGAGCCACACUGGGGAGAGACCCUACGAGUGUGGGGAGUGUGGGAAGAGCUUCAGCCUGAGCUCCAACCUGAUCAAACACCAGAAAAUUCACAGUGGGGAGAGGCCCUAUGAGUGUGGGAAAUGUGGGAAGAGCUUCAGAAGCAGCUCCCACCUGAUCAGCCACCAGAGGAUCCACACUGGGGAGAGGCCCUACGAGUGUGGGAAAUGUGGGAAGAGCUUCAGAAGCAGCUCCCACCUGAUCAGCCACCAGAGGAUCCACACUGGGGAGAGGCCCUACGAGUGUGGGGAGUGUGGGAAGAGCUUCACACAGAGCUCCAGUCUCAUCAGCCACCAGAGAAUCCACACUGGGGAGAAACCCUACGAGUGUGGGGAGUGUGGAAAGAGCUUCAGAGAGAGCUCCGGUCUGAUCAAGCACCAGAGGAUCCACACUGGGGAGAGGCCCUACGAGUGUUCCAAGUGUGGGAAGAGGUUUCAGAGCAGCUCCAAUCUCCUCCAGCACUAUCAGAGUCACACUGAGGAGAGGCCAUUCCUCUGCCCUGACUGCGGGAAGGGAUUCAGGCAGAACUGCACCCUGGUCAGCCACCGGCGCAUCCACACUGGAGAGAGGCCCUACGAGUGUGAUAAAUGCAGGAAGAGGUUUCAGAGCAGCUCCCAUCUCCUGCAGCACUAUCGCAUUCACACAGAGGAGAGGCCCUUCAGGUGCCCCGACUGCGGGAAGGGAUUCAAGCGCAACUCCACCCUUGUCACGCACCGGCGCAUCCACACUGGGGAGAGGCCCUACGAGUGUGGGGAGUGUGGGAAGAGCUUCUCCCAGAGCUCUACCUUGACCCAACACCAACGGGGGCACCGGUGAGGGAAGCCCUGCGAGUGCCCCGAGUGCGGGAAGAGCUUCGUGCACUGCUCCAGCUCCAUCCCCCACUGCAGGACCCACCUCCGUGAUGGGGAGAAGCCCCACACGUGCGAGGAGUGUGGGAAGAGCUUCAGGUGGAGAUCCAGCCUGAUCCUGCACCGGAGGAUUCACACUGGGGAAAGGCCCUACGAGUGUGGGGAGUGUGGGAUGAGCUUCACGUGGAGAUCCAGUCUGAUCCUGCACAAGAGGAUCCACACUGGGGAGAGACCCCACGAGUGUCGGGAAUGUGGGAAGAGCUUCAGCCACAGCUCCAAUCUGGUCAGUCACCAGAGGAUCCACACUGGGGAACGGCCUUAUGAGUGUGGGGAGUGUGGGAAGACCUUCAGAGACAGCUCCAACCUCAAUAAUCACCAAAGGAUCCAUAGUGGGGAACGGCCGUACGAGUGUGGGGAGUGUGGGAUGAGCUUCAGGUGGAGCUCCUACCUGAUCGUGCACCAGAGGAUCCACACCGGGGAGCGGCCUUAUGAGUGUGGGGAGUGUGGGAAGAGAUGCAGCGACAGCUCCAAUCUGAUCGUGCACCAGAGGAUCCACACUGGGGAGAGGCCUUUCGAGUGUUCUGAGUGUGGGAUGAGCUUCAGCCUGAGCUCCAACCUGAUCAGGCACCAGAGAAUCCACACUGGGGAGAACCCCUACGAGUGUUCCAAGUGUGGGAAGAGGUUUCAGACCAGCACCAGUCUCCUCCAGCACUAUCAGAGUCACACUGAGGAGAGGCCCUUCCUCUGCCCCGACUGCGGGAAGGGAUUCAGGCGGAACUGGCACCUCAUCAGGCACCGGGUAAUCCACACUGGGGAGAGGCCCUACGAGUGUUCCAAGUGUGGGAAGAGGUUUCAGACCAGCUCCAAUCUCCUCCUGCACUAUCAGAGUCACACAGAGGAGAGGCCCUUCAGGUGCCCCGACUGCGGGAAGGGAUUCAGGUACAACUCCUCCCUCGUCACCCACCGGCGCAUCCACACCGGGGAGAGGCCCUACGAGUGUGGGGAGUGUGGGAAGAGCUUCAGAGACAGCUCCCACCUGAGCAAGCACCUGAGGAUCCACACUGGGGAGAGGCCCUACGAGUGUGGGGAGUGUGGGAAGAGCUUCACACAGAGCUCCAGUCUCAUCAGCCACCAGAGAAUCCACACUGGGGAGAAACCCUACGAGUGUGGGGAGUGUGGGAUGAGCUUCAAACGGAGCUCUCACCUGAUCAGCCACCAAGUGAUCCACACUGGGGAACGGCCCUACGAGUGUGGGGAGUGUGGGAAGAGCUUCACACAGAGCUCCAGUCUCAUCAGCCACCAGAGAAUCCACACUGGGGAGAAACCCUACGAGUGUGGGGAGUGUGGGAAGAGCUUCAGAGAGAGCUCCGGUCUGAUCAAGCACCAGAGGAUCCACACUGGGGAGAGGCCCUACGAGUGUUCCAAGUGUGGAAAGAGGUUUCAGACCAGCUCCAGUCUCCUCCAGCACUAUCAGAGUCACACAGAGGAGAGGCCAUUCCUCUGCCCUGACUGCGGGAAGGGAUUCAGGCAGAACGGCACCCUGGUCACCCACCGGCGCAUCCACACUGGGGAGAGGCCCUACGAGUGUGAUAAAUGCAGGAAGAGGUUUCAGACCUGCUCCCAUCUCCUCCGGCACUAUCGCAUUCACACAGAGGAGAGGCCCUUCAGGUGCCCCGACUGCGGGAAGGGAUUCAAGCGCAACUCUGACCUCAUCAAGCACCGGCGCAUCCACACUGGGGAGAGGCCCUACGAGUGUGAUAAAUGCAGGAAGAGGUUUCAGACCAGCUCCAGUCUCCUCCUGCACUAUCGCAUUCACAGAGAGGAGAGGCCCUUCAGGUGCCCCGACUGCGGGAAGGGAUUCAAGCAGAACUCCAACCUCGUCGUCCACCAGCGCAUCCACACCGGAGAGGCCCUACGAGUGUGGGGAGUGUGGGAAGAGCUUCUCCAGCAGCUCUCACUUGACCCGACACCAACGGAGGCACCGGUGAGGGAAGCCCUGCGAGUGCCCCGAGUGCGGGAAGAGCUUCGUGCGCUGCUCCAGCUCCAUCCCCCACUGCAGGACCCACGCUGGGCACAGCCCUGCUGACCCACAUUCCCUGUGAUCCAUGCUGGGAACACACCUGGCUGCUUAUCCUUUUGGUUUGGCCUUAAUGUUUUUUUCUCUUCUCAAUCUUUGCAGUCCAAACGCCAAGUGGGAUGGAUCUGUUACUUCAGAAAAACUCAGUCCCACUGAAAACAACUCAAUUGUUGAAUUAAGGCUCAAUAGCAGCAGAGAUUUGCUUCUUCCCACCUCAAACAACUCAAUCCCACAACAAAGUCACUCGACUCCAAAGCCACCAGGGUGACGUGGGGUUAGGAUGACACUGGGACAAGUGGGAUCCCAAUUUAGUGCGGAGGGACGGGGAUUGCGUGGGGCUGGGGGUGUGAGAUGUAUUUGAUAGCAAAUAAAACUCUCAGACUUA